AUGCCGCCACCACAGUGCACGCGGGCAGCGCUAUCUGCCGCGCCCGCGUCGGGGCCGGCGGUCGCUUCUUUGGCUGCGAGUCUCCGUACUCUCCAAUUGGGUGGCAGCAGCAGAGUGACAGCCUCCGCCGUGCCGUCGGUCCGGAGCUGUCGUCGCCACCACUCCGUCCUCAUCUCAUCUUCCUCUUCCUCCUCCACGUCCUGUCUCUCCUCCCGCCGUCCCUGUCUCACAUAUUCGCCGUCGCGUCUGCCAUCCUUUCUCUCCGCGGCGGCUUUCUCCACAACAACACCCUGCCAGUCGCUCAAGAAGCGACGGGCUAUGCGGGCCUGGUUUGAAAAAGCUGGUGCGCAGUACAAGCCGGUCAAGGCAUCCAGGGCUCGAGCGUCCGAAGGUGCCGACGGUUCCGCAGGUGCAGACGUGGCAGGCCAGCCGUCGCCUGUGAUGCGCCCGUUCCCAGAAAACCCCUUUUUCCGGUCACAACCGGUGCUGGGAGAGAGCGUGCGCGAGCUGGUGUGGGAAAAGGUUGUGCGGCACGGCGAGAGCAUCAAGGCCGUAGCUGCAGAGCUGAGCAUCGACAUGCGGCGGGUAGCGGCUGUCGUGCGGCUCAAGCAGAUCGAGAAGUCGUGGAUCACAGAGGGAAAGCCGCUAGCAAAGCCAUACGCACAAGCAGUAUUGGCGAUGCUGCCGCAGACGGAUUACGGGCCACGUGACGCGGUGCAGCCGCAUGAGCCUAUCAGCGAGAUCCAUGCGCACGGCUAUGCGGCACAGCAGCUGUUCCUGCCCGUGCCAGAAUCGCGGCGCUUCACACGUGACGCCGCCGCAAAGGCAUUCCACACAACGUUGCUGCCGGCCGACAAACGGGUGCCCAUCCCAGAACUGAUCACGCUCGAGCGCGACGUGCUUACGGGAGCUCGCAGCCCCGAGGACAGCUUCCGGGCUUUCCGCGCCAAGACGGCCGCCGAGCAUAAAGCCAUGAUGCAGCGGGACCGUGCGGCUGCGGCUGCUGAAUAUGCCCGCACCACGCGCGCAGAGACGAAGCGCUUUGAAUUUCGUAUCCGCGACAUCGACGCCGAGGACGUCGGCAAGAACGGACGGUCACCCAAGGCCGUGGGCUGGCGGUACGGCGUGCCGUUUGAUGAUCGCAAGCGGGGCCAGAUCAAGAUCCCUACGAGCGUCGGGUAA